AUGGAGGAGCAAAAGGAUCCGGCGGAGCGCCAGAGCGCGUCUCCUCCGGCCGGAGCGCACGAAGCAGCGCCGCAGGUCCACCGCACCACCAACUUCUUCAUCGACAACAUACUGCGGCCCGACUUCGGCUGCAAGCGGGAGCUUCUCUCGAGCAGGGAAAACGUCAAUCUUUUGGUCUCAAGGCCGUCGUCGCGUCCGAACUCGACCGGUGACGGCACGUCGUCCUCAUCCUCGUCGUCUUCCUCGUCUUCCUCGUCGUCCUCGUCCUCCAAAGCGCUGCUCGAUGGCACAAAGUGCGGCGGCGACAACGUGACUCAGAACGGAGCGAGCGGCGGAGCGUCGGCGUCCAAAGAGUCCUCGCAGUCCAUGCUCUGGCCCGCCUGGGUCUACUGCACACGGUACUCGGACAGACCCUCAUCCGGCCCAAGAACCCGCAAGCUGAAGAAGAAGAAGAGCGAGAAGGAGGACAAGCGGCCGCGCACCGCGUUCACAGCCGAGCAGCUCCAGCGGCUGAAGUCGGAGUUCCAGGCGAGCCGCUACAUCACCGAGCAGCGGCGACAGUCGCUCGCACAGGAGCUCAACCUCAACGAGUCCCAGAUCAAAAUCUGGUUCCAGAACAAGCGGGCCAAGAUCAAGAAGGCGAGCGGCUACAAGAACGGACUGGCACUUCAGCUCAUGGCGCAGGGACUGUACAACCACUCAACCACCACCGUCCAAGAGGACAAGGACGACAGCGAGUAG